AUGACCAUUGCCGGUCAAACGCCACUGACGAUGCAUCAGGAUGCCAAACCCUUACAAAGGAUGGUGGUAUCGACGACCGGUGGUGAGGCCGGGCCCCCCUUGCUGGCCGGCGAUGAUUUAACCCUAACCACGGAACUACAUUUAUCAUCGGCUGAACUCGAUGAGAUCAAUCAAAGUGCCGAGCUGCUUUGUCUUAUGCAGGAACACACCGAUACAACGACCUUUGGCAAUAACAGCGGCUAUUGCCUAACAAAUUUCGAUUCGAUACUUUGCUGGCCCCGUACACCGCGUGCCACCCUGGCCGCCCUGCCGUGCCUGGAUGAAUUCCAGGGCAUACAAUAUGAUAGUUCACAGAACGCCACCCGUUAUUGCCACGCCAAUGGAACCUGGGAUCAAUAUACCAACUAUGAUGCCUGUAUGCAUUUAACAGAACCUGCCACCGUUUCGGAAUUUGAACCGAUAAUCGAAUUGCCAACAAUAAUCUAUUAUGUGGGCUAUACCAUAUCACUGGUGUCGCUAACCUUGGCCCUGAUGGUUUUUGCCUACUUCAAGGAACUACGUUGCUUGCGCAACUCCAUACAUGCGAAUUUAUUCUUUACCUACAUCAUGUCUGGUCUACUCUGGAUACUUACACUUUCUGUACAG